GCGGCAGAUAUUGAAGCAGCUAGCACAUUGACAACUAGCAGCUAGUCGAGCGUUAUUAUCGUUGCCGUCUUUAGAUCAUACAGCGGGUGAACUGUUCUUCACGAAUGAAUGCUCACCUACAUUCAACAUCAUUGUGACGCUGCCGAUAUAUUUGGUUGCUACAUUUUACUGCUUCCGCCCAGGUUAGCAACAUUUUAGCUGCUUCCGUUAGCAGGGGAGGCUGCAAACUUUUAACGUGUCGGUCAUAAAUUGUACCGAUCGCACAAUGAUGGACCCCGUAUUUGCAGGUAAAUAAAUGUUUUCACUAGAUCGGAGUGUGACUGACCGUCAUCUGGAUUUGUGAAUGACUGUGAAGCAGUGAGUUAGCAUUAGCUGUUACAAAGGUUACCGUGAUGUCUUAUCAGCUAACUGUAGAGCAGCAGCGAAAGAUUGAAGAGAACAGACGGAAAGCUUUGGAGAGAAGAGCCCAGAGACUUGGACAGACUGUCACCACCAAUAAGCAGAACUCACCAGGCUACAACAGUACAUCAGUAAACGUAUUUCAGCCACCUAAACAGAGCGCUCUUCCAGAUCCUGCAACGCUAAGUCAUCACAGAGAAACUAAUGACCAAGCUUCUGCACCAAUGCGGUUUGUUCCGCCCUUCAAAAAAGACUCACAAAGUUUCAGUAAUCAAAACCCAAAGCUCCAGCAGGUAUCUGGCACUGGGAACCAAAUCAAGCAUAACUUUGCUUCGUCAAGACAGAUACAAGUUAUUGACCCACUUCCUCAGGCAAAAAGUCAACAUGUGAACAGCCCUGUCUUGCCUAGCGGAGGAAGCUUUGGUGUGAAGACGUCUCAGCCCAAACCGAACCCUACUUCCAGCGGCUCUGGUGGUGCAGUCAGCUCAUUCUACAAGCAACCAAACAAACCCGCCCAAAGUCCUGUAGCACAGCUUCCCACAAACUCCUCAACUUCAAACGCUGUACCUGCAAAAAAGCCUGCCAUUUCUGUGAUAGGAAAAUGUGUAACUCACACAGAGGGCCGUUUCAGAGUAGAAGUGGGCUACCAUGUAGAGCUUAUUGCUGUUUUCAAAUCCAUCCCCUCCAAGAACUAUGAUCCUGCCACAAAGAAGUGGAACUUCGGUCUGGAGGACUAUCAGCAGCUAAUGGAGGAAGCAGCAGCUAUUGCCUCUGUGUCUUUGAGGCCUCUGGAGGGAAUGGAUGCGGUGGACGUGGCAGCAGCCACCAGCCGAGCUCGUGAUGGUGCAGCACUGGGGGCUCUGCUGAAGCUGUGUAACGGCUGGCAGAGGCCUGGGGCCACUCUGCAGGGCCAGUGCAUCCUGGUGUCUGCGACGAAGUUUGAGGUUGACAUUGGGUACCAUGUCGAUGUCAUUGCAGCAUUUAAGCAAAUGCCAACAAAGAGCUAUGACAUGAAAACAAGAAAGUGGAGCUUUUCACUUGAGGAUUACAAGAGACUCAUGGAUCUCCUCGGUGGGAUAGCAGCAGUGGAGGUGGAGCCUCUGCCCAGGGCAAUAAUCCAAGCUUUCUCUGCCAGUUUUGAUGGGCCCCGAGCCAGGUCUGUAGACGUCCCUGAGGCAGACCUCUCCAGCAUUGAGCCCAAGCUCACCUGCAGCCUAAUGCCCUUCCAGAGGGAGGGAGUCAAUUUUGCAGUGUCUAAACAAGGCCGCCUCCUCCUGGCUGACGACAUGGGCCUGGGGAAGACGGUGCAGGCCAUCUGUAUAGCAGCCUAUUACAGGAGCGAGUGGCCCUUGCUGGUGGUGGCUCCUUCCUCUGUGCGAUUCACAUGGGCUGAGGCCUUCAGACGAUGGCUCCCCUCUCUGACUCCUGACAGCAUCAAUGUGGUGGUGAAGGCCAAAGACCAUCUGCGGUCUGGUUUGGUCAACAUCAUCAGCUACGACCUCUUGAGUAGGAUGGACAAGCAGCAGCAGGGAAAUCCCUUCAAUGUUCUCAUCAUGGAUGAGUCUCACUUUCUGAAGAACAUAAAGACUGCUCGUUGUAAGUCAGCUUUGCCUCUGCUAAAGGCAGCGAAGAGAGUAAUUCUUCUGUCUGGGACCCCUGCCAUGUCCAGACCAUCUGAGCUCUACACACAGAUUCUGGCUGUCAGACCAACACUCUUCCCACGGUUCCAUGACUUUGGGAUUCGCUACUGCGAUGCCAAACAGAUGACUUGGGGCUGGGAUUACUCGGGCUCCUCUAAUCUUGGGGAGUUAAAGCUGCUGCUGGAGGAGUGUCUGAUGUUGCGCCGCCUCAAGUCUGAAGUUCUCUCCCAGCUCCCUGCUAAACAGCGCAAGGUUGUCACAGUGACUAUAGAUGGGAUCAACACCCGCACAAAAGCUGCUCUGUCAGCUGCAGCCAAGGAGUUGGCCAAGGGACAUCGCAAUAAAAUGGAAGAGAAGGCAGCCCUCCUCGUCUUUUAUAACCACACAGCUGAAGCCAAGCUGCAAGCCAUUAUGGAGUACAUCACAGACAUGUUGGAGGGCGGGAGAGAGAAGUUUCUAGUGUUUGCUCAUCAUAAGUUAGUCCUGGAUCAUAUCACCGCUGAACUGGGAAAAAAGAAUGCCAGUUUCAUCCGUAUUGACGGGACCACUCCGUCAGCUGAGCGACAGCAGCUCUGUGAGAGGUUCCAGUACUCGACCAAGACCUGUGUGGCCGUGUUGUCUAUCACUGCAGCCAACAUGGGCCUCACCCUGCACUCUGCUGAUCUGGUGAUUUUCGCUGAGCUUUUCUGGAACCCCGGGGUUCUCAUUCAGGCAGAGGAUCGGGUGCAUCGUAUUGGACAGACCAGCAAUGUAAAUAUUCACUACCUGGUUGCCAAGGGAACUGCUGAUGAUCACCUGUGGCCAAUGAUCCAGGAAAAAAUGAAUGUCUUGGAGCAGGUUGGUUUGUCUGAGUCAAACCUGUCAGACAAUGCUGUGAACGCCAGCUUCCACUCUAGGGACCCCAAUCAGAGGAGCAUCAUGGAGAUGUUUCAGAGGUCGUUCACUGAGGAUGACGACAUAGACGAAGCCGUCUUAUUGGAGGCUGCAAACGACUGGGAGGACACCCCACCAGAAAACAGUUCUGGACAACAGCACGGCUCGCUCAUACAAACCCCCAGCAAAAGGACCAUCAAAGACUUUUUCAGCAGAUGAUUCAGGACACUUCAGUGUUGACAGAUUAUAUAAGCAUCACUUAAGUUCCUACAUUUCAGCCCAUCAUGAUGAUAUGAAUGUAUUUUGUUAUUGUGAACAUUAACAAAUCUUUAUAUACAUAAUACUUCAGUUAUAUUAAAGCUAUUUUCGUAGAAGUAAAAUAAUACUGUAAUGAACUUUUAUUUUUUGCUAACCAGAGAAAAUAAAUAAAUCUGUAACUU